AUGGCCCCGCCUAACAAAGACCAGCUCGCCCAGAUGGACAAGGAGGACCCCCUCAACUGGACUCGCUCCGAGUUCGAGAUCCCCGACGCCAAGGCGUGCGGUGGUGAGGUCGGUGAGUACUAUAGCAGUGCCGGAAAGGUUUCUGGUCUCCGUGGAGCGAGCUCUGGAUACCGGCCGGAACCCGGCGGCACUGUAACUUCCUCUUCGGUAGCGAGGGCUCAGCUGACGUCAGACGGUGAGGCUGUCUACUUCUGCGGUAACUCGCUCGGCCUUCUUUCCAAGCGCGGACGUGAGCUUGUCAUGCAGGAGCUUGACACCUGGUCUACCUCCGCCGUCACUGGUCACUUCAAGCACAAGUACGACCGUCCCUGGAAGCACCUCGAUGCUCCCAUCACUCCGAUCAUGGCGGAGCUCGUUGGCGCCAAGGAGUCCGAGGUCUCGCACUCUGGAACCCUCACCGGCAACCUGCACAACCUCUUCACGACGUUCUACCGUCCGACGCAGAAGCGCUGGAAGAUCGUCAUUGAGCGCGGCUCGUUCCCGACCGACUGGUACGCUGCCCACUCGCACCCCAACCUCCACUCCGACAUCCUCAGCAAGGAGCAGAUCGACAACGCCAUUAUUGCCCUCGAGCCCCGCAAGGGCGAGGACACCUUCCGCGAGGAGGACAUCCUGAAGGUCAUCGAGGAGAACGGCGACGAGAUCGCCCUCGUCUGGCUUCCCAUCGUUCAGUACUACACCGGCCAGUACUUCAACGUCGAGCCUCUCUGCAAGAAGACGCACGAGGUUGGUGCCACCUUCGGUCUCGACAUGGCCCACGGUGUCGGCAACGUCAAGAUUGAGCUCGACAAGUGGGGUGUCGACUUUGCCGUUUGGUGCACGUACAAGUACCUCAAUGCCGGCCCGGGAGCCAUCGGUGGCUUCUUCGUUCGUGACGGCCUUGACGACGGUGGCCGCCGCAUGGCCGGCUGGUGGGGCAACGACCCCUCUGUGCGCUUCGAGAUGAAGGAGGAGUUCCAGGCCACCCCGGGAGCCAAGGGAUACCAGCACUCGUGCACUUCUGCCCUCGGUACCAUCCCGCUGCUCGGCACUCUUGAGAUCAUCAAGAAGGCGGGCUUCGACAACAUGCGCAAGAAGGCGGACAAGCUCACGGGCACGCUCCAGGAGCUGCUCGAGGCGUCGCCGUUCUACGUCAAGGAGGCUCCCAAGGAGGGCGACAACAAGGUCGGCUUCCGCAUCCUCACCCCCGAGGCGCCGUGGCGCGGCACCCAGCUCUCGAUCGAGAUCCUCCCCAAGGUCAAGGGCACGAUGCCUCGCGUCUUCGACCGCAUGCUCAAGCAGGGCCUCGUCGGCGACGAGCGUUUCCCCUACGUCAUCCGUCUCUCGCCCUGUGUUCUCUACAACACGUUCUCUGAGGUCGGCCGCGCCGUUGAGAUCCUCAACAAGGCUCUCGAGGACGAGCAGAAGGAGCAGAAGUAG